UCCAUCCGGAGGAGCUGGAGGAGGUGUCUGGGGAGAGGGACGUCUGGGCGUCUCUACUGAGUCUGCUGCCCUUGCGACCCGGUCCCGGAUAAGCGGAAGACGACGAGUACGAGUACGAGUACAAAACUGUGUGAAUUUAACAGUCUUGAUGUUUAACAUAGUUCACAUUUAAUAUAGUAGAGAUACAAGAGAUUUUUGUGAACUAGAAAAUGCUGUUUCCCUACAGUAGCCUUUCUGGGACAUUUCCAAUGUGAACUGAAUGAAUUUUAUGUGGCUUGCUGCAUUUUGACUGAAAGCAUGAAGAUUCUAUUUACUAACAUUGCAUGGGAAGCUAUCAGAUAUUUAAGCUAGUUUUAUUUUUGGAAAUUGUUUGAGGGUAAAUUGUGAGUUUUGAACUUUCUAUUCCUAAUUGUGUAAUCCAUAAUCAGAAUCUUUCUAUGAGACUUAGAUAGCUAGAGCAACCUUAAUGCUAUAAAGCAAAGCGGACCAAUAUCUCUGCAUAAAUUACAACAUAUUUUUUAAGAUUUUAUUCUUUGGGGAAAUAGCCCAUCAAACCCAACAUGAAACAGUACAAAUAUUGAAAGAACACUAAACAUUUGCCACAUGAUUUUCACAUGACAUAAGCCUGUGGUUUUAGGGGGGUGGUUUGGCUGUGUAUAAAACUGUUUUGUAGUUGCUGUUUUAUACAUAGGACAAUGCACUCAUUCAGACCAUAUUGACAAAAACAUUUCAACAGACCAUCGUUACUGUCUCUCCUUGAAGUCAAAAAUGUUGCUGUGGAUAAUUAUUUGGCCACCAACAUAUUUGUUUUCUGACUUAGCUUUUUUUAUCACACUUAAAUGUUUCAGAUCAUUAAACCAAUUUAUAUCUGACAAAGAUAACGCAGGUAGAGACAAAAUUAUGGUUUCAUUAAAUGAACAAAAAAUAGCUAUACACAAAACCUGGCCCAGUGAGAAAAUGUAAUUGUCUGUCCCUUAAAUACCAAAUUAACUAUAUAAAACCACAUUUGGAAAGUUAAGUUCAAUUUCAAUAUCCAAACCCGGGUCUGAUUACUACUAAACCUAUAGAAUUAAGAAAUCAUUCAAAUGAAUGUGUCUGACAACAUGAAGCAAGCUAAAAGAUCUCAAACAGCAACACAUCAUGCCCUGAUCAAAAGCGACUAAGAACAGAUGGGAAACUAAUUUAUUCACGUCGCUCAGUUUGGACUGGGGGCAUCUGUCAGGUUGUAGGGUAUGAAACACCGCAUUUCAGAAAGAGUCUCAGGUCCACAUUCAACCACGGUGGUGGUAGUGUGAUGGUCAAGGGAUUAUAUACCACUUCACCUAAAGCACCUAAAAGCAUCUAUAACUUCCCAUAAUUGAUGGAACCAUGAACUCUACUCACCAGAAAAUCCUGAGUCUGACCAUCACUUCAUCACUUUAAGAUCUAAAAAAGAAGGAUUUGGAGUAGCCUAGUGAAGGUCCAGUCUUAAAUCUGACUGAAAUUCAGGGGUAUGACCUUAAACUGGCCAUUUAUGUUGAAAAGUCCUUAAAACAUUGCUGAAUUAAAAACAAAUCUUGCUAAAUGAAGAGGGUAAAAAUCCCAGUCACUCAUGUAAAGACUGUUAUCCCUGCUCAUCCUGCUUGACAGAAGUUGUUACUGCCAAGUGUGGCACAACCAGUUUUUAGACUUAGGAUGCGUUUACAAUUUUUUUUUUUCAGGGUAGCUUUUUCGGUUUUAUAUAUAAAGAUGUAAUUUACAAACUACUUUUUGUAUCCUCUGAGCUAAUAAUAAAAUUUGUUUGAUAACCUGAAGCAUGUGUGUGAUCAAAAUAGCAAAAACAGAAAAAGCAUUGCCAUGCGGGAAAUACUUCUUCAUACCACUCACUGUACAUUAAAAAAACACAUUUGAAAGUUUGUCAUAUUAACACUUAAUUGAUGUCAUAGAUGUAAAGGAAUAAUUCCUGCUGUUUAUUAAAAAAUAAAUGGACACUAAUUUGGGGUUUUGAAUGCUGUAUAAAACCAAGCACUAGACAAUAUUUUUAGUUAGUUUUUUCUUUGAGUUUGAUGUUAAAUAUUUUAUUUCUUCUGCUCCUGCUAAACAAUGAUGUGGUUAAACUUACGGCUGCUUGAAUGUCCUUUAUUUGGAUGGAUUUAUUUGAAAUAUCCACUGGUUUUGAGAUGAAUGUUGGACAUUUCCUCCAGCACAAAUUCAUGUGAAAAACCAUUAUGUAGAAUGUGUGUAAAAUGUAGCCAUGAUAAUAAAGUCUGUAAGGGAUGUAAUGCCAGUAAAUGUUAAAGCCAGAAUAACAGUAUAUUGCUUUUUGUGCAUUAAAUGAACUGACACUGACAUGUAACGUACAAUGUAUUUUUUAUUUUAAAAUGCAUCACUAAACAUAGUCUGUCCCAACUCCUCUUUAAGUGCCAUGUACAUGUACUUCAUGUGUUCUCUCUGCACGCAUCUUCGGUUCAUCAUGCAUAAGAAAACGUGGCUGCAUCUGAACAUGUCAUAAACAAUGUAAUGGGCUGUAGUAUCUGGUUUGUUUGAAAAAAAAAUUGUCCUUAAACUGUCAUUAAUGUUUUAAUUAUACUCCAUGAUAAAUAGCCAUUAUGUGCCUGCGAAAUUCUUUCCAUUACCAUUUCAGUGUGUCAAUGAAAAACAUUUUCCUCUGAAAUCAGCUCAGCAUUGUCAAAAAACAAUUAGGUUUUCUAGACUUAAAAUAUUAUGAAAAUGUAUAUGAACAAAACAUUCAAUUUAUCCUGUCAAAAAUGCCUUUAAUGGCAAAACUACAUUUUUCCCUUGUAUUUGCAUGCUGGGGUUUUUAUGCAGGAAACUAUAAUUUGUCUUUCCAACUAUUACAAAGGCAGACAUCGUUAAAUCUGUAAAAAACCACUUUCAGCCUUGGAAAAAAGAACAGUCCUGUUUAUUAUCAGCAUAUGUAAACUUAUGAGUAGAACUGUACUUCUUUCUCUGUAACAUCUGACAAUAACACAUUGAAAGGCUAACUGUAAUUAGACAAAAAUAAAACAAAAACAACAUAUUAGAGAGGUGCUUAUAAUGUUGCGGCCAACUGGUAAAAGAGGAGACGAAAUUCUGCAAAUAUUGUGCCCCACAUUCAAACAAACGGUAAAAGUGAAUGGGGGUGGGGGGCAUUUAAGCUGGCUUUUAAACCAAAAAUAAAAUUAUUCACUGCAGAUUUUAGAGCAUGGUGACCGUUUUCAGACCAUUACAUAGUAAAUUCAUUUUUGAGAACUUGUUUAUCAAGGUUUUUAAAUCAGACGUGUUUUGCAUCUCUUAACUCUUUUUCAAAUGCUACCUUCAUAAGUGCACAAAUCGCCAGUUCCGUAACCCUUUACCCAACAAAGUGGAUUGAAUUGUCUGAUGGCAUUGUUGUAACCAUAAACGUGAAAGGCUCUGGGUCAAGUUGCCUUUUUAUCGAUUAGUACCCUCAUUACCCUCACUAUUAUCAUUUAGUCCAUUUGUUUUUCCAUUUUGUACCUGUAAAACAAACCAUGUUGUAAAGAACUUAAACAAGAUGUCAAUUUAUUUUGGCUUGUAUUUGAGCAUUUUUUUAUGAAACAACUACAGAAAUACUUCAGUGUUUAAGUCUCAAAUGUGUUUUUUAAUUUACUUGCAAAGCUGAAAACCUUUAUAACCUCAUGUAACUUUUUUCCUCUGACUGUGUCAGUGACCCCACAUCCCCAACCCCACAUUCAGUAAUUGAUGUAAGCGCCCUGUUCCUUCUAGCACGUACAUUAACUUUACAAAAAAUAUAACAACUAAUGUGAAAAGUUAUUAAAACUACUGCAUUUCGUCUUGUUUCUCUAAUACGUUUACCCUCCCAAGAUGGCGACAUUGUUUACGUGCGAGACAGCUCGACUGACGUUCAGUGACCGGAAGAAGCGUCAGAAGCGAUCGGGACUUCCUUUUUAUUUGAACCACGAAGCGGAAAGUGGUAGUUGACAGCAAAGUAACCGUCGAGUGGGGUCGUUUCAGCAUUUUUUUACAGUGUAGCUUUGCUUUAGUUGUUUCUAAAGACACUCGUCGGAGCUCAGACUGGUACCAGCUGUCAGGACGCGAAGCUAUAACCGAGAGGAGAAAUGGCGCAGAACGGAGUUCAGGUGGACCGAGAGAGUUUCUCCUGUUCAGUAUGCCUGGAUUUGCUGAAGGAUCCGGUGACGAUUCCCUGCGGACACAGUUACUGCAUAAAGUGUAUUGAGGACCACUGGAAUGAAGAGAACCAGAAAGACGCCCACAGCUGUCCUCAGUGCAGACAGACCUUCACACCAAGGCCUGUCCUGGUGAAAAGCACCAUGCUUGCAGCUUUAACUGAGCAGCUGAAGAUGACUGGACUCGGAGCUGCUCCUCCUGAUCAGCACUGUGCUGGACCUGAAGAUGUGGCCUGUGAUAUCUGCACUGGCAGGAAACUAAAAGCCACAAAGUCCUGUUUGAUGUGUUUGGUUUCUUACUGUGGGAAACACCUCCAGCCUCAUUACGAUGUGGCUCAGUUAAAGAAACAUCAGCUGGUGGAGCCCUCCAAGCAGCUCAGUGAGAACAUCUGCUCGCUUCACGAUGAGGUGAUGAAGAUGUUCUGUCGCACUGAUAAGCAGUGCAUUUGCUACCUCUGCAUGGUGGAGGAACAUAAUGGCCACAGCAUUGUCUCUGCUUCAGCUGAGAGGAUGGAGAAGCAGAAGGAGCUGGAGGUGAGGAGAGAAGAAAUCCAGCUGAGGAUCCAAGAAGGUGAGAAAGACAUGAGGCUGCUUCAGCAGGAGGUGGAGGACAUUAAGGGCUGUGCUAAUAAAGCCUUGGAGGACAACGAGAAUAUCUUCUCUGAGGUGAUCCGUCUCAUCAAACAAAGAAGCUCUGAGGUUAGGCAGCAGAUCACAUCCCAGCAGGAAUCUGAGGUCCGCCGGGUAAAAGAUCUUCAGGAGAAGCUUGAGCAGGAGAUCUUUGAGCUGAAGAGGAAAGACGCUGAGCUGGAGCAACUCUCACACACAGAGGAUCACAACCAGUUUCUGCAGAACUUUCCCUCACUGUCCGCUGUUAGUGAGUGUAAAGACUCGCCCAGCAUCAAUGUGUGGGCGUGUUAUGUAGAUGUGUCAGCAGCUGUUUCAGAUCUCAGAGAUAAACUUCAGGACGUUUUGAGAGACAAUUGGACAAACGCAUCACUGACGAUCACUGAAGUGGAUGCUUUACUCUCAGAACCAGAACCUAAGACAAGAAAUGACUUCUUGAAAUAUUUACUAGAAAUCACCUUGGACCCAGAAACGGCUCACAAACAGCUGUUAUUAUCUGAGGGGAACAGAAAGGCGACCUUGAUGCGGAAAGAUCAGGUCCAGGGCAAUCACCCAAAGAGGUUCUCUGCAUUCUUUCAGGUCCUGAGUAAGCAGAGUCUGACUGGGCGCUGUUACUGGGAGGUGGAGUGGGGUGGACUGGGAGGAUAUGUAGCAGUCGCCUACAAGGAUGUCCAUAAAACAAAGACUUUAUUUGGCUGGAACGACGAGUCCUGGGCUUUGUUUUGCCAAAAGGACAAAAAUCAAUUUUUCCACAACAAAAUUAAGACUGCCAUCGCUGGUUCAGAUUUCCCCAGAGUUGGAGUGUACCUGGAUCACGGCGCAGGUACCUUGUCUUUCUACAGCGUCUGUGAGACCAUGACCCUGCUCCACAAGGUCCAGACCAGCUUCACUCAGCCGCUCUACGCUGGAGUUCAGCUCUGGUUUCGGAUGGGAGACUCUGCUGAGAUCUGUGAACUGAAAUAAGUUCAUUGUUGCUUCUCUGUUCAUAAAUCAAGUUCAAAUGUCAUUCUUGGCCGAAUGUAAUUGCACUACAAGUAAUUUCUCUAUUAUUUUGUGGUGUUUAGUUGGAACUUUGUCUAGUUUCUGUUUGGCUUCCCUUUUAAACUUUGUACAUUUAUACUGAUUGUGUUUUAUUUUGGGAGUUUUUUUCCCACUGGGGGGAUGUUGACAGAGACGGACCUUUACUUCAGCACGUCUCAGUUUAUUUUGGACACUUUAGUGUUUAUAUAAAACAAAAGGAUUCACUGUGGUUUUAAAGAACUGUGAAUAACCCUUUUAAGUUCUUUUAAUUCUGCAAAGCUGGAACUGUGGCUUAGAAAAUCCAUUUGUGUUUAUCGUUAUGUGAAAUGGAAAGUCUGAAAGUGACAACACUGAACAGAUUGCAUUGUGAGAAAAUGGCUUGUUUCAUACUCAUUAAAUCUGUUUUCAAAAACA